AUGUCGAACAAUGCGCCGACACCCGCGCGGGGAGGCCUGUCGCUCUAUGCGAACCUCCUCGACCCGAACAAUGCUGGUCCUGGCACCAUCUCCAGUGCGCCUGUCUCCUACAGGCCGGUCGAAAGCUCUCCCGAACAGGAUGAGGCUGUCAAGAGACAGCAAGCACUCGCUGCCUCCCUGAGAUUCCAGCCUACCAAGAGACCUCAGAUCGCUGCUCAAAAGGCAAAAGCAAAAGCUAUCGCCAGUAAAUUCGCGGUCCCAACAAAUGCCAGUCCUACACCCUCCACAGCUGAAGGCGCUGCGACCGCUGUCACCGAAAAUUCAGUGCCUCAGCCUCCUGCGCCCAAGACCACCCUCGCAGACUGGACAGCUACCGCGUCAGAUGACGAUGAUGUGAAUAAUUUCUACACGGGGAAGCGCCAACGCGGAGGCCGGAAGAAACGCAAAAAGAACAAGGCAGCGGCAGAAGUGACUCAGAACUGGGAUGACAUCUACGACCCGAGUAGACCGAACAAUUAUGAAGAAUACAAGCACAGCGAGGAAAAGAUCCGCGAAGUCAGGGAGUGGAAGGAUCUCCUGUACAGACACCGCAUGAGGCAGAGGAGCUACAGUGAAUCUGAAGAUGAUGACUACCGCCGCCCCAUGAAUAAACAAUUUGCACCGCCUUCCAUGUCUUUUGCCCCUCCACCGAACCUCAACGACGAAAGCCCUCCUCCACCGCCGCCACCUGUUGACAUGCCAGACGAUGCAACCGGUGAGGACGCGUACUUGAGACGAUUGCGCAUGAGUCAGGGCCAGCAAAAUCAGCCGGUUGUUCCAUCAACCCCAGUAGAAAACCCACCGUCGGCUCAGAUCACCAGGGCACCUGUACGGUACAACCUACAUGCUGCACCAGAAGAUGUCUCAGUAUCCGAGCCAAAUCUGGAAGGGCUUGCAGAACCCGAGCCUGGUGUUAAUGAAAAUGGCGAUGGCGGUGGCGAUGGCGGUGGCGAUGAACCACGAUCGAAACGUCCUGGUCAAGUAGGCUUUGCCGAACGGCUAAUGGCCAAAUAUGGUUGGAGUAAGGGUCAAGGUCUUGGAGUUCAUGGCACUGGAAUCAUCAAUCCCUUAUACGCCAAGGCCGACAAACGGAAGAAGAAAUCCGAUGCAGAAGGCGGUGGCUUCGUUGCACCAGCAAGCACGGGUAAGAUUCUUGGGGGUCACAAAUCCAAGACCGCCCAAGCGGAAGAAGAGGGCAAGUUCGGAGCGAUGUCUGAGGUGAUUCGACUUGAAGGCAUGUUGAACGGCCUGGAUCUUGACGACGAGCUCACGCAGGGGGAGGGUGGGCUGAUGCAAGAGAUUGGAGAGGAGUGUGGAGACAAGUACGGCAGUGUCGAGAGAGUCUACAUUCAUCGGUCGGAAAGUGAAGAGGACGAAGCAUUGGUGUUUGUGCAGUUUGUGAGCCAGCUGAGCGCCUUGCGGGCUGUCAAUGCGUUGGAGGGAAGAAUCUUCAACGGCAAUCCCAUCAAGGCGAGAUUCUGGCCCAAGGAGAAAUUCGACAAAGAUGAAUAUGUCUGA